AAAAAGCGACCGUUUCGAAAGAAUCUCCUCUCUCCAUGCUCUCGCUCCCUCUGUAAAUCCCCUCCUAUUUUCUUUUGUGUCACAUUUUUUAAUUACCUCUCGUUGAUCACGAAGCUUUUAUCAAUUCUUGAUACGACAUCGUUUGGCGCGUUCCAGUUUUUUCCAUUGAUGUGGAGAUUCAUUGUGAAGUUUCUUUGAGAGAUGGUCACUGGGGGCGGCAAUAUAAACAAGCCACAUACAGUAGAUGAUUUUCAGAGCGAACUGGGAUUGAUUCUACAAUCACAGCGAUGUAAUCAACGCAUAGAAAGGGAUCUUGAUAUAUAUAGGAGUGGUAGUGCUCCACCCACUGUUGAAGGAUCAUUAAGUGCCGUGGGAAGCCUUUUUAGGAACUAUAACUUGAGUGACGUCAAUAGUGUUAGUAACAAUGUGGUUUUGGCUGAAGAUGAGAUUCGCUCGCACCCAUCUUAUCUUUUGUAUUACUAUUCUCAUGAUAACAUUAAUCCAAGAUUGCCCCCACCCUUGUUGUCCAAGGAGGAUUGGCUUGUUGCACAAAGGUUUCAGUCUUCUGGAUCUUCAUUUGGAGGUAUUGGGGACUUGAGGAAUAAUAAGGUGGUUGAUAAUAGUGAUCGUUCUUCGCUGUUUUCAAUGCAGCCGGGACUUUCAGUGCAUAAGGUCGACAAUGAUUUGACAGAAUUGAGGAAUUCAAAUACAACUUGUCUCACUAGGAAUGCUUCGGCCGAGUGGCUUGAUAGAAUUUCAGAUAGUCAUAAAUUGCACGGCUCCAGGCUUGGUCCGAGGAGGAAAAGUUUUGCUGACAUUCUUCAGGAAGGACUUGAUCAGUCCACUUCCAUACCAGGUCACCUACCAUCCCCAGCAAGUCAUAAUGCUUUUGGUGAUCUUCUGGAUGCAACUGGUGUGUGUGAUCCUCAUCAAGCUGGGUUACUCUAUGGAAUGGAAUCCCUUGAAGGCCUGCAUUCAGGAGCAGCUACCACUAGCUUUACAGGAAAUCAAAGCCGCAUUGAUACCUUGUCUCACUCUUUGGUAUCUGCUGUGGGUUCAUCAUUGUCUAGGAGUACAACACCUGAACAGCAGCUGGGUGGGAUGUCUGCUAUUUCAAAUCUACGUCAUGUUGGCAGCAGAGUUGGUCCUAUUGAGAAGAAGAAUGUUGCUGGCAUGAGUUUCCAAAAUGAUCAUUCCUCUGGCAUUACUGAGCUUGGUGAAAUUGGCAACUCGUUGUCUGGGUUAAGCCUUUUGCACACUAGACUCACAGAUCAAGAGAGUCAUGUACGACAUCAACUGCAAAUGGAUCUGGAAAAUGAGCCAGAUUUUCCUUUUAAUGUGCCCAGUAGUGGUGACCAGACUCUGCAGCAGCAACUCAGAGAAAAAUCCAACGUAGUAAAUCUCUCAUUUUCGACCAGCUAUACCGAUAUGCCAACAAACAAUGGGAUCAUACCAAACCGUAAUACUUCUAAGAUAACUUCUAAUGGGGAAGUUAGUAUUUCCAGAAGAAAUUCUUCUACCAAUCUUCACUCAAAAAUGAAUUCCUCGGGCCUUGGAUGUUUGGAAAGAUCACAUGUUCAUAUUCAAAAUGCAAAUGUUCCAAUUGUGGAUUUCACUGGCCGUGUACCUGAUGAUUAUUCAACUCAAAAAUUGAAUUCGGUGAUCAAGAAUCAUCUCGAUAAAGGUGGUCAUGGAAUUGGGCAUGGUUUUAAUAGACUGGGAAAUCAAGCGGGGUCUCUAGACCCAUGUUAUCCUCAGUACUUGCAAAGAAUUUCAGAUUAUGCAACGUGUCCUGUAGCUACUUCUAGUGAUCCUUCAGUUAGAAACUAUUUUGGCGCUUCAGAUGGAGACUUGGACAGGAUUCAGAAAGCUUACCUGGAGACAUUGCUUGUUCAACAGAAGCAACAAUAUGAGUUGCCACUUCUAACCAAAUCUGGUGGUUUGAAUCAGGGAUACCAUAGGAAUUCAUCAUAUGGUCUUAGCAUGCCAUAUCCAGAGAACUCAGUGGCGAAAUCUUCGCUUCCUUCUGUUGGAUCUGGAAGUUUUCAGAGCGAGCGAGCUGCACACUUAGCUCCUAUGAUGAGGAAUUCGAUAGGAGGAUCCAUUGGGUCAUGGCAGUGUGAUAUUGGCAGCAUUGCGGAAAGAAGACCCUCAUCAUCCUCAAUAGAAGGAUUUAAGAACAACAAGACCGGUUCUUUUGAACCUUCAGACAUUGCUGGUCAGGUUGUUGAAUUCAGCACGGAUCAAUAUGGAAGUCGGUUUAUUCAGCAGAAACUAGAAACUGCUUCAGUUGAAGAGAAGAACAAGAUCUUCCCUGAGAUUAUUCCUCAUGCUCGUACCUUGAUGACUGAUGUGUUUGGAAAUUAUGUCAUACAAAAGUUUCUUGAUCAUGGUACAGAAAGUCAAAGAUUGGAGUUAGUCAGUCGACUUAAUGGUCAUGUUUUACCUCUCAGUCUUCAAAUGUAUGGAUGCAGAGUAAUCCAGAAGGCUUUGGAGAUGAUUGAUGUGGAUCGACAGACUCAAAUAGUGGUAGAGCUUAAUGGCUCUGUCAUUAAAUGCAUUCGUGAUCAGAAUGGCAAUCAUGUUAUUCAGAAGUGUAUAGAGUGUGUCCCGGAAGAUCGAAUUCAAUUCAUCAUCUCAGCUUUCUAUGGGCAAGUUUUGGCCCUAUCCACCCAUCCUUAUGGUUGCCGUGUCAUUCAGAGGGUCCUGGAGCAUUGUAAGGACAUGAAUACACAGCAAAUUAUUAUGGAUGAAAUUAUGCAGUCUGUGUACACUUUGGCACAAGAUCAAUAUGGAAAUUAUGUCAUUCAGCAUGUUCUUGAGCAUGGUAAGCCACAAGAACGAUCUGCUAUUAUUAGCAAGCUUGCAGGACAUAUUGUUUUGAUGAGUCAGCAGAAAUUUGCUUCAAAUGUUGUGGAGAAGUGCUUGACAUUUGGUGGCCCUGAGGAGCGCCAACUUUUGGUGAAUGAGAUACUUGGUUCCACUGUUGAAAAUGAGCCCUUGCAGGCUAUGAUGAAAGAUCCAUUUGGAAAUUACGUUGUACAGAAGGUUCUUGAGACCUGCAAUGAUCGAAGUUUGGAGUUAAUUAUUUCUCGCAUUAGGGUUCAUUUGAGUGCCCUGAAGAGGUACACUUACGGUAAACAUAUUGUUUCGCGUGUUGAGAAGCUCAUCACAACUGGAGAAAGGCGCUUAGGAUUGUCAUCUCAGUCUCCUAACGUGAUUUAAUCUGGAAACAUGGAGGGUGCUUUUUCUUUGCCGCCGUAAAACAGCAAAAAAAGCAUGCGUUUUGUACAGCUAACUUGGAAGGUGAUUUUUGCAAGUUUCUCAUAGCUUCGGUCUCUAAAGAGAAGAAGAAAAGAUGUAAAUAAACAGGUCUUCGGAAUAAGAUGUUUUCGUUUUUUGUUAAUAUCUAAUUGUAAAUUCAGCUCACAGAAUAAAAGUUAAGUUCUCAGUCAAGAGAAGAUCAGAGAGGGUAAUUUAUAGUUGAUUAGUCUCUCUUGGAGUACAGGCACAAAUGUAGUCUGUAAAAAAGGAAUGAAAUGUAAAUGUUACUGGCAGAGGUAAAAUAUGAUAUUUGAUCUUUUCGAUUC